UGUGGUUGUCGCCGUUUGUGGAGUGGAGUGAUUGAUUGAUUAUUUGAUUGAUUGGUCGGUCGGGAAAAGCAGAAGGCACAGCACGCAGCACGAGAAGGGGAAGGGGCCAGUCGCUCGAGCGCAGUAAUUAUAAUUGUAGGACUAGAGGAAAGAUGAUGGAGAGCAGAGGCGAGCUGAUGGAUAUGGACGUGAACAGUCUGUCGCUGACGGGUCGGGAGGGAACUGGGCAGGUGGAUGUUACAUUCACCGCUACAGAGAGCAAUCCAUCGCGGGAAAAUGAAGGCCAAGCGAAUCUUGCAGUGACGCUUGUCCCGGUCAUGUCGACCGACCUUGUCGAGCGCCAACAGCAGACUCGUGCCGUCAAUCCCUGCCACGUGGAUGCCGCUGUGUCCUUAAUCAAACGCCGGCUAGUGAGCGGUCACAGCUCUGCAAUUGCAGAAGAGGGCGCGGAGUCGGCUAUUCUAACGGAGGAUGCCAAAAUUAAUGAGAGGAAAUUGUUCGAUCUGCUCUCACAGACGGUGGCAAAUGCACAGAACAACUCUGCACUGCUGCUUGGCCCACGAGGAUGCGGCAAGACUUUGGUCCUGGAACGUGUUUUGGCAGAGGUGCAACGGAAGUAUCCACGCCUUGUAUCAGUGGUGCGAUUGAAUGGGUUACUUCAUGGUGAUGAGCGCAACGCACUCAAGGAAAUUGCCAAACAGUUGUGUCUGGACAAUGAACUUGCAUACUCCAAAUCGUCUUCAUUUGAUGACAAUUUACGCUUCCUGAUGGACAUGUUAAAGCAAUGUAUGCUCUCUCACCGAACAGUCAUUUUCAUUCUCGAUGAGUUUGAUCUGUUCGCUCAGAAAUCCAAGCAGACUUUGCUAUAUAAUCUCCUUGACGCAAUGCAGUCAUCUGAGGCCCAGGCAGCAGUGUUGGGUCUUAGCUGCAGAGUGGAUGCAGACCAACUUCUGGAGAAGAGAGUUCGUUCGCGGUUCUCCCAACGACAUCUCCUCUUUCUCCCUCCUCCAGUUGAAGAGUGUUUUCGGAUUCUGAAGGAGGUUUUGACACUCCCAUCGCCACCAGCUUUCCCAUAUACAGCCUUCGCAAGCAGCUUCAACAGUGAAAUACAUAAUCUGCUGCAGCAGCCAACGGUCCAGAAGCUCAUCACGCAACACUGUUCUGUGGACUUGAGCCCACGUCACCUCUAUGAUCUUGCCUUCAAGGCAAUAUGUAACAUGGACAGAACUCGUGGCUACCCAACCGUGCGAGAUUUUCAGAUGGCGAGUGGAUCGUUUUGCCUGCAACCAAAGCUUGUUCUUCUCAGAGAUGUCUCCGUGCUUGAACUGUAUCUUCUAGUUGCUAUGAAAAGGCUGGAGGUGAAGGAGAAGGAGUCUUAUAACUUCCACAUGGUUUAUGCAGAGUAUGACCAUCUGCAGGCCAAUCAUGUGCAUAAUUCCUGUGACAGAUAUUCUCGUGGGGUGGCAUUGAGGGCAUUUGAACAUCUUCUGGAGAGAGAACUGGUUACUCCAGCGGAUGUGCGAGCAUCCGUGUGCGACUUGAUGGAGUUCCGUCCAAUUAAGCUUCUCAUUUCACAUGCCGAGCUGGAGCGGGGUCUCAAGAUGCACCCGACCUGUCCUGCCUUGCUCCAGACUUGGUUCUCGCAUGAAACUGUGGGGCAUACAAGGGAGACAUAGAACGUACGGAAGGUACGACUAAGCUGCAUUGUUCAAAAUUGUGUUUCUCUAAGUGGGCAGGCCGAUUGGAAAGGAUUAGCACAGGUCGUCGUCUGGGGACUGAUUUGUUUUUUUCACAAGCUUUGUAUUUGUUUAUGUACGGGACGGUAUCUAUCUACCUAUCGAUAUAUGUGCUUUUUAUAAGCUACAGGCGAAUAGAAUGGAGCGCGAGUGAUAAGGCUGUGUUCGUAUGAUGACACUCGGAAACAAGGACUGUUCUCAACCCUCAAUUCUCUCCCACAUGCUUUUGGCCAUUGUGUAUUUUGCGCCUUGUUGUAUCUGUCAUGGUUGUUGCAAAGGUAUUGAAGCCUAGGUUUCUCAGAGUAUUUGUCAGUAUUUCUAGUUCUGGUCUCAUUAAUACAGCCGCUGAAGACAUCAAGCGUUUCCCUCAAUACAGGAAUGAUGAGUGUACGUGCUGCCUACGAAACGUGUGCUUCUGCGAACUUCAUUGAUGCCUUUUUGCUUGCCAGACAUAUAAAAUAAUAAAUUAAAAAGAAAAUU